CCCCUAUCCUCCACUUCUACCAGCUAGACGGCCCAACCGGGCAGUGUCCACCGGCGUCUUUCCGGUGUCCAUGGACGUCCAUGGAAUGUCAAAUAUCAAUAUUGUUUUCAUUGACGUCUGCAGGCACCCUACAACAUCCUUCCCCGAUUACUGUGCACACAGCCUGCCCAUGAAACGCCACGUAAGCAUACAUCAACUCAUAACCCUGUUUGUUAGACUAUUUUCUCCCAUCAUUGGACUCUGUUGCCUGCCCAUCUGGCCCCUAUCCUCCACUUCUACCAGCUAGACGACCCAACCGGGGUAACAUGGGAGGG